GUAUGUCCAUCUAUUGGAAAAAAACGCAAUUACUUUUUGGCCAACCCAAUAUUUUGCAAUCUACAUUUUAUACACAAGUACUUUUGGCAAGUCGAUUUCUUUCAUCGUCGAUUAAUUUAAAUUUCUACGGACUUUUAAAAAAUUAUUUUCUAUUCGUUACGUAAAUCGCGCUUCGAUAAGAUAUAUAUCGCAUAUUUUUUCUAUGCGUAUAAGUCCGCAAUAUUUGAUGCUCUCAUUCAGAUUUUAAAUUAUUAUACUCACACACAGUGGAAAAUUAGGUGUUCGUAUUAUUACUUCGUAACUUGGUCGAUUCAUCCGCAUAUUAUAUAUACAUACACGUGUAUAGAAUUCCCAGGAUAUUUACAUCGUGUACACAUGGCCAUUUAUACGUGUGUGUCCAGAAGGUCAACAAACAGAUUAUUUCAAAUAAUACAGAUUGUUCCUGAAAUUCCUUCCCAAUACUCGCACGGCCUCUGCCGUGAACGGAUUAGUUCGUCCGCGACGUCGUUAAUUAAAACCAUGAAUCUCCUCCUUUUGCUCUUGACAGGCUGCGCCUUCGCACAAUUAUUAUCCGUGCGCGCGAUAGAUCUGAAGUACCUGGACGAAAAGUUGCGGCAGUCCAAAAAGGAAUUCAUCAAAAUUCACAUCCAGGAUGCGUCGCCGGUGGAAGAAAAAGAAUACACGCUACGCUGGGACAUAUUAUGGCGAGUACAGCUAACGAGCGAGUAUCGGCUAUUCGCGAUAGAUAUGUUCAACAGGACAUUCAUCCUCGACGGCAAUCGAUUGAUGAUGCCCUCCCUCAACGAGACCUCUGACAAGACGUUGUACGAAGUUGCUCAGGUCGGGGAGUACACCAACAUCAAAUUCGUCACGAGCAUCGUGUGGAGAGAUACCGUCUACCUGCUGCUGUGCUACGAGCCCAAUUUGUGCAGCCUCCACACGGGGACGCCGAAUGCCACGCUGAGAUUUCGCCACACCGUCCGAUUCAAGGGAACCCCCGUGGACGCGAAGUUCUUCACGCAGCACGAUCAGCUCUACUUGAUCAUCGCCAACAACGCCGACAGAUUUCCCGUACCGUCUUUGAUCUACCGAUGGAGCGACACGUACAUGGACGUCGUCCAGGAGGUGAUAACGUCCGGCGUGACGUCGGUCACCGCGUUCGAGUAUCGGCGAUCGGCGAUCAUCGUGUUCGCGUGUUACGACGCCGAGAAUCCCUGGAUCGGCUCCGACGUGUAUGAAUUCAAGGACGACAGCAUCGCGAAGAUGCAGAUUCUGUCCACCGUGCAACCGAUCUCGGUGCACCACUACGUUCACGCCGACUUCAACUUUGUCCUGGUGAUGAACGAACAAGGCCUGAGCAACGUAUUCUGCUGGGACGGACGAGAGCUGUUAGAUUGGUCUAGUCUUCUCGAGAUCGAGCCGAAUAGUCUGAUAACUAUCUUCCACAUGGAUGGCGAUACUUUUGCAAUCGUGGCGUACAAAAACGUAGUCGAGUUGCACAAAUUUCAUAAUGCAUCCGACUGGAAGAAGGAAGACACUCAAUAUUUCAAAGAAGGCCAACGAGUAGUCGGCAUGGUGGUGUCGUUGCACGAAGAUACGAUAAUGCACAUGACGUUAAUCAUGAAGCGGGAUAACGUAUACUGGGUAGAGCAGUGGCAAGUGAAAAUGUCCUCGAUACCAAUCAAAAGCUCCAUCGGAGACGCCGCUGCGACGAACAAGUGCUUGGCGGACUUGAUCAAGACGUUGGAGAUGCGAAUGCCACUCAUAAGGGAAGCCGAAGCUUCCUGGAAGCUUCUACCGUCUGCGACCGAGGAGCCAAUAAAAUUCGACAGUCUGAUCGUGCAGUCCGGCAACGUAGACAACGUCGUGAUCGUGACCGACGAGGACGUCUUGCCCCCACGUCAGAUCGAGAGAGCUCUGAACGAGCUGGAUCGCAACGUAAGCGAUCUCCUGUCGGAGAGACAGAAAGUGGUGAACGCAACCACGUCGCUAGUGCUGAGCAACAAGAUUGCGGUCGAUGAGCUGCAUGUGGAAGAGCUGGAGAUCGACCAGGUGGACGUGGAUUAUCUGAACGACCAGGACGUGCGAGCGGGAAUGGUGAUCCUCUCGCAAGGCGAGCAACACUUCGCGCAUCCGUUGCACGUGAAGAGUGUCAGCGUGGACGACCUCGAGGUCGAGUCUCUUUGCGGAAUACCAUCCGAAUAUUGGUCGUUCAAAAAUAGUGAAACGAGUCCGCUUGAUUCUGUACAUAACUUCGUCGAGUACUCAAAUGACAGUGUUAUAUUGCAUUCCGACUUGACAGUAUCAAAGUUGAAUAUCACAAGCUUGAAUAGAGUAAUCGUCGAUGAGUUCAUCGCUGACUUGUUCAUGAUUAACCGCACUCAGGAAGUUAAAGGUAAACUCACGUAUAAAAAAUUGCUGCAAAUCGUAAAUCUUACAACGGAGACAUUAAACGGUGUUCCCGCUGAUAAACUGAUGACAACAACAACGAACCAAAGUUUUGACGAUUUUUACAUGAAAACCUUGGAAAUUGAUAAGCUGUAUGCAGAAACGAUUAACGGAGUGCCGGUUGAGGAAGCUGCGCGAAAGUCCCGCAACAGUGUUAUUAAAGGCAAAGUAAAACUGGCGACCCUUCAUGUUACCGAGAAUUUCGUGGUCGACGCAAACAAUUCCCAAGUCAUAAUACCCCUUGACUCGCCCCUUCAGAUUUACGAAAACGUCACGAUACUGGGUGAUCUAUACCUCAAGAACCUCAAGAUCGAGAACGCGGCGACUCUUUUCGUGGAAGAUAAUGGCCCGGUGAACAUGAACUGCAUCUUCGACAAACUCUGGACAAAGUCCAGCAAUCAAACAAUCACCGAAGAAGUCACCCUGGAGGGCGGUCUCACCGUCGAUAGACUUCGCACAAAGUACCUCAACGGUUUCGCGGAGGAUGACUUCCUGUACGCCACAAUGGACGAGAUACCAAGCGACUUCGCGAACUUACACUUCGAGAACUUCCACGUCGACGAAUUCUUCCACGACAGCGAUCCCAACACCAGUUUCUUCGCGGUUGAGCCGUAUUCAUUGAAGAUAUCAAAACCUUUGCACCUAUCAAGUCUCCAGGCGACCGACCUUAUCACCUCGAUUUUCAACGGUGUCCACGUGUUCGACGUCAUGGAGGGGAAAGCAAAUUUCUCAGGAAUCCUGGAACAGGUUCCCACGGUUCAAGCGAGUCGCGUGCUCGUUGACAACCUCGACGUUCGAUCUCUCAAUGAUCGUGAGGUGGUACUCAAGGAUAGGCUUCGCAUCGAUGACACUCAUCAACUGACUGUCCUGAAAGUACCCGAGUUCCACGUACGAAACUUGGAAAUGAGAAAUUUGAACGGGGUCGAGAUGAAACGCCUGACGCGAUUAAAAGACUUGACGGACCUGGACGAGAUCACCAUCGACGGCGACUUGACUGUGAAGAACCUGACGAUCGGCCAAAUAGACGGGCAAACGGUCGAGAGUUUCUUCGACGACCUGAAGCAGAACGACAUCGUGAUACCAGCGAGGAGCAUCGAGGACCUGAUCGUUCGGAACAUAACGCUGAAGUCUCUGUACGGCCGGAAUUUCGACGAUUUCGUCGCUAAUGUAAUUUCGAGAUCGAGAGGGCAAACCAUACGCGGGCACUUUUCAGCCCACGCCGUCACCACCGAAAACGUCACGAUGAAUUUUAUCAACAGGCAGAAUGUAUCGCAGUUGAUGUGGGUGGAUGAACCACUAACGAUCACGGGCGACGUGACGUUCUCCAAUUUGUACGUUGACGGCGACGUGAUCACGUCGAGCUUGAACGGACGCGACGUGCGCGAGUUGUACGACAGUUUAUUAACUAUUCCCGCAAAGGACCUUGAUCUCCUGAAGGUGGAUGGAAGUAUCACCUGGAACAUGUCGCGAACAAGUCCUGCCUCUAUCUCAUACCUACUAGAGAACGCCGUGACCGCAGAUACGGACCAAGUUAUCACGGGCAACGUGAUCUUUGAAGAAGAUGUCCAUGCAUGGGCGGUCAUCGGUCCAUUCGAUCAGAUCAACACGAUUCGUGACAUAAUAUCGGACGUCGUGAUUGACCAUGGAGAACUGGUGGAGAUCGCCGGAAAGAAACUCUUCAAGAAUGACUUCGAGGCGGACAGUUUGACGGUAAACGGCGACCUGGGCAUUCGCGAAAUCAACGGCGUGGACAUUCGCAAGUUCAAUGACUCGGUCGUCAGGAAGGAUCGCGAGGAUACGAUUGCCGGUCCAUUGACGUUCGUCAAGGGCGUCAAGAUUGCCAAGCUUCGCGCGAACAACGCUGAUCUCAACGCAUCGAUCAGCGCCGCUGCGCGUUCCAGUGCUACUUUGCCGGACAACGUCUUCUUCGAGAAGCUCGAGGUAAUGGGUGAUGUGCAUUUGAAGAAUCUAGAUGGGAUAGACUUUGACGAGUUUAUGAGCCAGCGCGUCACCCUCAGCGGAAAUAAUGAGAUCCCGUGUAGCAUGCAGUUUAACGGUAUCGUUACGGUGACAGGUAAUGCGAACGUAAAACAAAUCAACGGGAUUCGUCCAUCCGAGUUUGUUCUUAAUAACGUCAACGAGACGCAGAAAAUACGCGGCGAGAAAUCUUUCCACGAGGACCUGGUAAUCGAUGGACACGUCGCCGCGCCACGAAUCAACAAUAUGAGUAUAACGAGAGAAUAUGAGGAUGGUGUGAAAAACGACGACGAACAUGUUGACAUUUUUGGAGACCUCAUUUUUAAGUCGAACGUUAGGAUCCACGAGGUGAAUACUUCCGGCUUGGUGAACGGCGUGAAUCUACGUCUCGCCGUCGACGAUCUGAAGAAGCAGACGAACGAGAUCGUUCAAGAUUUGCAGGAGAGCUGGGAGAUAAUCGAGCAGCGCGUACGCUACAGCUCGCAGGCUUCCAAGACUUUGCGCAGCAUCUUUUUCUACCUGGAAACGGCAGAGGAUCUGGCGAUACAUGGGACCAACGUCAGCAAGGUUGACGUAACGUACAUCAACGAGACGAUGAUCAAGUUGGAUAUGAAGAACGAGCUGCCUGGAGGAUCUUGCGAGCUGCCGGACCACUGCCCGUGCCCGUAUCAGUCCACGGUCGAGCUCUCCGCCGAAAAUACGCAUAUCGCGUGGCGACUGAAGCACGGGGAGGUCACCAGGAAAUUUCGCGACCAAGACGGCAAUUUCGAGAUCAGCGUGACGACGACGGCCGUUUCGAGCAGCGCAAAAUGCACCUUGGGGAUACCGAAGCGAGAGUACACUGUGAUUUCCAUCUCGAGGCUUAAAGAUACGGAAGAAAUUCUCAGCGUCGCAUCCGGUGACAUAGAGGGAUACUUGAAGGAUGCUGCGAUUUUUCAACACGAAGGCAGUGUAUACGCAGUCCUGGCGAUAAACUACGAGAAAACGCGCGCGACGCAUCGUGUCGACUCGCUGUUUUAUAGAGUCGAUGUAGAAACGGAGAACGCGACGUUGAUUCAGGAGUUUCCUACGGAUGGUGCCUGGUCCACUCAGAUUUUCGAAAUCGAGCGCGAGAUGUUUCUCCUCGUCGGUUGCUUCGGCGAGUCCGCGGAGUCUCUGUUGUACCGAUUCGAACCGACGAUACAAAAGCUCGAGCUAUUGAGGACAUUCGCGAGCGACAGUCGUUACGUGAAACACUUUUCGCAAGGAAAGGAUCAUUUUGUGCUGUUGGACAAUCCUGAUACAAACGCCGUAAACAUUUACAGAUACGAUCCCGCGUAUCGGAACUUUUACAGCUACCAAAGUAUCUUCCACGCUUCUGAGGUCAACGGAAUCGAGUACUUCUAUGCCGAUGAUUUCGACAGCAGCGAUGCGUUUGUGAUUGUUACGACGCAGGACGGACGGUUUCAUAUUUACGAAUACAUGUUUGCCGAGAAAUUCCAACUGAGAUUGCAGCAUGCCGUAGACGGCUUACAAACGAUGGUGCCGUUCUAUUACUUAGGCAAUCAUUAUAUCUUCGCUGGCACGAGCAACAACAACGUGGUAUAUCGAAUUGUGAAACAAGGCCCACGUUAAUUCUCAACAAAUUCUAGAAAUUACUAUAAAGAUAAAUAUUGUACAUAUGCGCGUGUUCAUGAGCAUGAUAUUUCUUUACUAGUUAUUAUUACCUUUUUAAUGCAUUUAUUAAUUUAUUGCAUUGCAUGCUGUGUUAUUUGUUAUACGAAUAAUGUUAGGAAUGUUACUUGCAAAUCAAGUUUGCACGCUGAAAAGUCUGAUUACUAUAAAACAUUGUUAUAUACUAUAAAAUAUUGUUCUUGUUGAUUACUAAUACAUAUGUAUAUGUAGUUAAGAUUAUAUUUCGCAUUUUUUGAUGUAAUAAUCAGCAUUUAUCAAAUUA